AUGACUGACAAAAGGGGUCAUGGCCGAGCUACAGGUCGUCCGCUGCCGAAUGUAGCGGGCGACCACCGCUUGAAUGACCUCACCUGCGGUCACCUCGGCAGGCUCACGUAUAUUCCUGCUGGCGCCCACAACGAACAGCAGACUGGGCGAUUGCAUACAACCCGGACCGUCGAGUUGACUCCUCACUUCCAGCAGAUAAUUCCAUUUGAGCAGCUGUCCCGGCCAACGAGGAGUGUCUUGCCUGAAUCCAAGUCAAGCCCGUGGCGCACCGCAAGGUCUCAGAGGAACUGGCUGCUCAAAUCUCACCCGGAGACGUUAUUUGGGAACCCUGAUCUUGCUUCAUUUCUGCCACGCGAAAUCCGUAGCCUCAAAGCUACACCAGGCGCACCUCCCCCGGUCUCACCCCUGCUAGCACUUGGGGAGAUUUCGGAUUUGUCCAAUGAUACCAGUAUAGUUGGACAGCCAGCGGCAGCUUUUGCUGCUGGAGAAGGCGGCCACAUCCUGCAGAUUUUACCACUGGCACAGGAGGAACGCAGCUGGGACGAUGAAAGCCUGGCAAUCCGCCUUAGCACUGCAGGGCCCACUGAGCGUGGGCAGUGGAUUGAUGACGGCACUCCUAUUUCCAAGAUCAAGUUCGCAGUUGAUCCCCGAAGACAUGACCAAAUCCGCUGGAUCCUGGUCCAGAAAGUGGGCUCCACGACAGUCCUCGAGCCCGAGGUCAGAAAGACACCACCCCAGGGGAGUCACCUAGGCGGUCUUGGUCGGCGUGGAGCAUUGCAGAUCUCCGCGAAUCCUCUCUUUACUAUAAGUGCCGACCAGACUGGAGGUGGCUCCCAGUCGGAUGUAUCGUUUAACCCGGCCUCAGAUGGUGCACCUCCCCAGCUUGCUAUCAUUAAUACUGGCGGCUACUGGAGUAUCUGGGAUGUAACCGGGAACCGGGUUUCGCGCCCAAAACUUCUGCGCCCGGUCCUCAGAGCAUGCGGGAGUAUCGACUCGGGCCUUACCCCGGUCCUACCCCUGGCAAGCCAUGGAAAUCAUUCGGACCAUCGAGUAUCUUGGAUUUCUCGAUCAGAAAGGGGGCCUUCGGCGUGGAGUCGCCCUAGUGGUCUUUUCGAUGAAUUCAGUGGCGCUGCCAAAGUCGAGGGUGAUCUGGGCCGGAAGCCGAAGGUACUGACGCGAUCCGGCGAUAUUCUCGUGUGCAACGACACCUCCGUUCGUGUCUUUGGCAUUGCCGAGGAGAAAUUCCAAGCGGGCUUGAACGUAGCGCGGUCAGGCAAGGCCGAGCGUGUGCUCGAUGUGCAGAUGUGUCCUUUUGACCAUUCUAAAGCCUUCGUGCUCACCACGACGACUCUGUUCUGGAUCAGCAACGAGCCCGCUGGGACAACUGGUAUUCGCCUUGCCGUCGUCAUUUCAUCUCCACACCAUAAGAAACCAAAUGACGGAACGCUUCGGCUCAGUGUGUCUCCUGAGGCGGACUUUGGUCAUACAACUGCCUGCUUUGCUUGCGUCUAUUCGUCCGGAGAUGCCCAGGUUUCUGUCUUCUGGUUCACGAAGCCGACGACGGAGGUGGCAGCCCAGCUUUGUUCUCUGACCGUCCGUUUAGACAGUCCUGUUGGCCUGAAUUCAAUGACCAUCUCUUCCUUGCCGUCCCUGCACGUUCAGGAGGAAGGUGUCGAUGGCGAUGAGAGGGCUUCGGCACUUUCCCACGCUCAGUUCUUCCAGUUGUUCAUCCUGGGGCCAGACAUGGGGCUGGAAUAUUCGGCUGUUGCUUGGUCAUCUUUCCCAUUCGGCAGUGUCCAACCUCCUACGAUUAGGAGCGAGCCUCAACGCCCACGGAGCAGACGGAAAAGAACUAUCCACCGUACAUUUGCUGUACCGGAUGGGACUGACGACCAAGUUACCUCACCGGCAGAGCUUAACAAGACCCCGACAGCCUCGGAGUUCGGGAGGAGGAAAGUUAAGAAGAAUACGGUUGUCGACUUCACGUUUCUGAGUGGUCGCCUCCAGCAGAUUACUGGCGAUCACAUCUCGCGCGAGUCCUCUCCGUCCGCACCGCCGAUGACUCCUUUUCCUGCUAUCCACGCAGCAAUCGAGAGAGGUAUUGCUGAGGGACACUCGUCAAUUCAUCUGCCCUACGAGAUGGCUGAGACGCAUUCAGGCCGACCGGAUGCUAAUUUCCUACAGCAAGCCUGGAAGGACUAUUGCAAUGAACUCCAGCACGGUUUUCAGACUGGGAGCAUAUUGGUUGUUGACCGGCAAGCAUAUGUGUUCCACCCCGAUAGCCAGAGUCUGAGCCAAAGCAUCGCGAGCCUGGGACUGCUUCCAGAGAAAGCUCCGGAGCUCUUCCGCCAGAGGUGGCAAGAUAUUGUCCAGCGUGCUACUGCUGAGGCGUAUAUAUCGCUGCUCGGCCUUUCAGUCGCACCUCAGUUAACCCCGCCGCCAGACGGUGAAGACGUGGAAUCCGAAGGUGCUGCAUCCCAGCCAAUGUGGCUGAAGUCCGAGCCUGACCUUCCCGGGUCUCCUGCCGCUAGCUUAUCAUCUCGGUCAGGCCGCCGACGUGGUUCAUCAACCGGGCCGAGUAGCACGGCAGGGGCAGACACGGACCAAGUGAUUACACGCUUGCGGAAGUAUCUUCCAACUGUCGCGGGCAUUCCACCUCGAGCAGGCGGCCAGCCGCGGCUUCUCUCUCACUGGCCAGAGCAGCCUGGAAGUAGCAUUGGGGACUAUUCAUGGAAUCCCGAAGAGUCGGGCGCAGACGAGGAAAUACGACGCCAGAGGAGGAGGAAGGAGGAAGCCCGCCGCCGAAGGCUCGCGAGACGCGUCACCAGCUUGCAACCCGAUGAGAGGGGUGAAUCUUCGACGCAGCCACUCCCGCGCACCGCAGGGAUCUUCUCGUCCCAGGAUAAUUACCCUCAAACUCAAGGGUCGACGUCACUCUUCUCCAGCCAACCAAUGUCGCAAAUCAUUCCAGGGCCACACGGAGGUCGACCGCCACAGUUGAAGAAGAAGAAGCCCAAAGUCAAGCGCGGAUUCAGGUAG